AUGGCUCUGGCUCUGCGUCCGUCUAUGCCUCUGGGUCAUACGGACCUCGUUGUUGUGUUACCAGACCAGUUCUCCUUCCACCACCAAGAAGCAGCCACUAUGGAGAGGCCAUCCCUCACGCUGUCGACCGACUCUUCACACCACCAUGCUGCAGUCCCGGCUGGAGCUGAGGCUACGGACCUGCCGUACCGCCAGCUGGAGGAGACGGCCAACUUUGAGGAGUUCACGCAGGAGACCGCCAACGGACAAAUUCUCAAGUCAGUCAAGUCAAAUGUGACCGGGAAGAUCGAGGACUACAAGCUUGUUACGUUCACAGUCGGAGACCCCGAGAAUCCAAAGAACUGGAGCAAGCCGUACAAGUGGUACUGCACCAUGGUGGUCUCCUUCACCUGCUUCGUGGUCGCGUUUUCCAGCAGCGUUAUCACCUCCGAUCUCAAGGGCGUAAUGGACGAAUUCGACGUUUCCGAAGAAGUAGCUUUACUGACGAUAACCCUCUUUGUUAUUGGCUUUGGCGUUGCGUCGGAACUGGUUGGCCGUAAGCCUGUCUAUGUCUCAACCAUGUUCCUCGCCGUUAUUUUCAUAAUCCCAUGUGCCGUGGCCAAAAACACCGGCACGCUUCUGGUGUGUCGCCUCAUCGACGGAAUUGCAUUCUCUGCUCCAAUGACGCUGGUUGGAGGUACUCUGGCGGAUCUAUGGCGCAGUGAGGAACGAGGAGUGCCAAUGGCCACCUUCAGUGCUGCUCCAUUCCUGGGGCCGGCAAUUGGACCCUUGAUUGGAGGCUUCUUAAGUGACGCUGCUGGCUGGAGAUGGUUGUACUGGAUCCAGCUUAUCCUCGCCGGGGUUGUCUUCCUUCUAGUCACCUUCACCCUCCCCGAGACAUAUACACCUACUCUUCUAGCAAGACGGGCCAAGAAGCUCCAAAAGGAGAAAAACGAUACGUCAUACGUCACGGAAGCCGAUCUAGACUCGCGCCCCAUGGGAGAGAAGCUACGCAUUUUCAUGAUCAGGCCUUUCCAACUUCUAUUCAUGGAACCCAUCGUUUUCUUUCUUUCCAUCUACAUGUCGAUUCUUUAUGGCCUCCUAUACAUGUUUUUCAUUGCAUAUCCAAUUGUAUACGAGGAAGGGAAAGGCUAUACAUCGGGCAUUACCGGGCUGAUGUUCAUUCCCCUGGCUAUAGGAGUAGUAGCCAGUGCGUUUUUCGCUCCCGCCGUCAACAAGCAUUAUUUGACACUUGUUGCGAAACAUAACGGCAAACCUCCAGCGGAAACCCGCCUUAUUCCAAUGAUGAUAUCUUGCUGGCUCGUCCCGAUCGGAAUAUUUAUCUUUGCGUGGACAUCGUAUCCCAACAUCCACUGGUUUGGUCCUGCCAUAGGCGGUCUUCCAGUCGGAUUUGGUUUCAUCUUCCUCUACAACUCAUGCAACAAUUAUCUAGUGGAUACUUACCAACACCAGGCCGCUUCCGCUCUUGCAGCCAAAACAUUCCUCCGUUCGAUAUGGGGUGCAUCCUCCGUCCUCUUCACCACCCAGAUGUAUUCCCGACUCGGAAACCAAUGGGCCAGUUCGCUAAUUGCAUUCAUCGCCUUGGCUUGUUGCGCGAUUCCUUUUGUAUUCUACUACAAAGGAGAGGCGAUUCGCCGCCAUUCGAAAUAUGCAUUUGUCGAGGAUGAAGAGAACUCUUCAGAGAAGAAAUAA